AUGGCAGCUGUCAAUGGAGUAGACCGGAACGAUUUCCAACCCACCGGCCAAUUAUUCAGAGACCACGGUAUCACUGCUUCUACACAACAGGGCGCACAGCAAAUAACCAGAAAACCCAAUGACAGCACCAAUCAGACUCCUAACAGCAACAACAACAACCCAAAUCAAGCGGACGAAGGAGACGCGGCCGCGGAACAUUCGUGGUAUCGUCGCAUAGCCGAGAAAUACGGUACUUUAGAACUAGACAAUAAAGGCAGUGUUGCACGAGACCAUCUGGCUCUAGAACGAACAUUCCUCGCCUGGCUCCGAACAUCACUCUCCUUCGCCUCCAUCGGCAUCGCAGUAACCCAACUAUUCCGUCUAAACAGUUCCGUACCAUGCACCAACCCCGGCCCUACAUCACAAACCUCUCUCUCCGACAACGCCAAUAACGUAUUACAAAACUCCAUACGAUCAUCACCAUCUCUCCUCGAAGUCCUCCUGGCUCCCCCUCCGUCAUACUCAUCAUCAUCACCAGAUACAAUAGACGUAAUAGCCAACACAGCGACCACAAGCGGGCAAUACGGAAAUAUCGGAAAACCGCUCGGUGCAACUUUCAUUGGUAUCGCAAUUCUCAUUCUGAUUAUUGGGUUUCAUCGCUAUUUUGAGUCUCAAUACUGGAUUGUGCGUGGGAAGUUUCCGGCGAGUAGAGGAAGUGUUGCGCUGGUAGCGUUUGUGGCGGCUGGGUUGGUGAUUGCGAGUUUUGUGGUUAUUUUGGUUAUUGCGCCGACGGCGAGGGAGUUGUGA